AUGGAGUCUGCCGUCCACGACAUCAAGAAGCGCCAUCAAGACUCGCGUUCGAUCAAAUUUGACAAGCCCAUGGCAGCGGGUUUACUCGAUAAAGGCUUCCUCGCAUUGCAACACGGCGAUGCGGUCUUUGCCAGGCCUGCUGGCGGUAAGGUCAAUGGAUCAGACGACGUCUUACAGGUCGUUGUGCUUGGCAACAAUCAGAUCGUUUCUGUUCAUCGUGACGCUUUGCUCGCUGCCAGAGACGAGAUACUUGGUCCGCUUAGCGAGCGCGGUCCCUCUGUCCCUGUUGCUUCUGUCGGUGGAACUGCGUUUGAGAGGUCGGGUUAUGCCGAUCCUAUUGAGCAUGGGGCUCGAGCGUAUUCGAUCCUUACCUCGGAACAAAAGGCUAGAGGUCGUAUCGUAGGUCCUGGCGUGGCCUACAAGGUGCGUCCGGAGCAUCGGGAUUGGCCUGGACCAACUAUGCGUGCCAACGCUCUGAAAGCAGCUGUGACGGCAGGUAUCGCCGCCGCCCGUUACCUCCCCAUCGCAUACCAAAACGCUCUUCGCCUGCAAGCAGACUUGGUGAACGCGCCUCGGUUUGGUUGCGAUCACAACUAUCUUUUCAGCUCCGCUCAAAUCAAUUUGGCGAGGCCAGUUCCAUAUGAUCACGAUAGCCAGUCCCUGCGAGACUUGGGCAGUUUUGGUAUUCCGCAUAUUGAUCAGGGGGAUAUGCCGGAAGGAUUCACUGCUUUUCAAGUUUGCUCCGAUUUGCCCGCGUCCAUCGAUCCAGGGCAAUUCGUUAUCUUUGAACUCGGUGUCUUCAUCAACCUUGACGGCAUUGUCAUUGUUCUCUUUAGAGGCGUCCAGUACCACGGGGGUUGCGCACCUCGUCCUAGAUCUCGCAAUGUUGUCAUUCCCGACGGAGCGUAUCGGGUCGCUUUUGUGACUUACGGAAAGGCCGCGGUGUACUUGGGGCUCGGAACUUACGUACUGGGCUCUCUUAGAACUGUUAGACAAUCGACUACGCUCCCGCGUCGUGCCAAAGUUCGUUCUCACCGAAUUGAUGAUGCGGACGCAUCGUCUGAAGCCGAGAGUGCUGCGGUGGUUGACGACGAUGUGUCUGGCUCUGGGUCCAUUGGCGACGUGUCCCGCAGGUAUCUGACGAUUGGUCCAGAUAUCUUGAACAAUCCCGAAAGCCGUGCUCAGGAGUCUUGGAUAGCCCACCCUAAUUUCGCACGAGACGCCUCGGACAUCAUGUCUGCCACUGCGCUUGUCACAUUUUUUGUGAAAAUCGACUCUGCAAAGUUCUUCUCGGCCUUUUCUUAUCAAGACGCUUCGGGUACUCGUCAAGUUCUGACCGACUGGGCGAAUGCUCCGCAUGUCAAUGAUGUAGAUGCCAAUGAACCCCGACGUUCAGCCGCUUCCGAAUGGAAGAAGUUCUCGAGCAACGUUACGCGGGUUAUCCCUUUCUCGGUGAUACAACAAGAUACGAGAAACAAGUUGAUUGCAAAAGGGAAACCAGUGCCGCGCGUAUUCGCUGUCCAUGAUGCGGUAGAAGCCGACGCCGGGGACGGCGCUGAGCGUCCUCAAACCGCUUAUUUUGCGCCAGUGAAGAAGUUCAAAGCGGCAGAGCAAAAGACUAUCGGAGGUCGGAGGUCGAAGGCCGGCGUCAACGCUUCAGCAGCAGGGACCUCUCGAAGUGCAGGUCGGAGAUCGAAGCCAGGCGUUGAUACGAGUUCAAACAGCGGGUCUGACCAUGAGGAACUGGAAGCUGACGGCCUUCCAUCUGGUUUCCGUCGUUCACAGCGACUUAUGUCGAAGCAGUCUCCCGAGCAAGAUGAGGAGUCCGUUGUUGAGACCAGUGAAGAGUCGUCGCGCCCUGCGCGCAAACGACCCCGGUUGGGUGGGGUUCGGAAGCGUAAACGGCCCAUACCAGAAGUCGCGACGGAUGAAGAGAUCGGCACAGAAACUCUUUCCCCACGCAGUGCGAGCAAGCCAUCGAGUUCAAGCGGCGUAGUCAACGAGGAGUAUCUCUGUUGGCUUCGUCGCCUCCUGGGCGAACAUCCUCCCGGCACUGUCCGCGUCGAAUUACUGCGGGCGUUCCAGCAGUCCCACCAGCCUCUCGUUACCAGCCUCACCUACGAUAUGGACGAUCGUGUGAUAUGUUCGUCUUGGUCCAAUCCUUUGAACGGCCCCGUCUCCGCUUGGGAAGCUGCCGACUCUCCUUGCGGGAAUGUUGAGAGCUUGCCUCUUCACGCUCGUAACCUGUUUUCGGGCGACGCUUUGGACACGGACUUCGUGUCCGCUUACUACGAGUCCGCGACUCUUCUACCCAUGCAGGUAGAUGCGCUCGACCAUUUACCGAGCUACAUGGCAUCUGCAUUGCUACUGGGCGUACCGUUCGAGGCUCAGGCGUCUCUCACAGCUGCGACGUCCGCGUGGAGAGGCUUGGACAGUCUGCGCGCGCAAGUGGCGAAAGACAGUCUUCUCGACCGGGCCGCCGCUGCAACUUUGAUGGCUUAUGAAGCGUUGCUGUGCAUAUCGCUGGAAUCGCUCGCCACAAGCUAUUGUCGUCGUGACAUGUCCACAGGCGAUUCUCAACUUCUGGGAGUUAGUUCGUCACUUUGGUCGAAGAUCUCUCAGAAGCGCGACGUCGAUCCGGCGACCUUUAUACUCGAUGGGCGAUCGUACACUGUGCAUGCCCCAAUGAGCUCGCGGUCAGUGCAGUCUGACUUCGCCCGUCAACGCAUUGUCUACAGAAUGCUGUUUGAUCUUUUGGCAGCACGCAUCGGCGUAUUAGAUUCCUGCGCCUUCCGGUUGCGCUCGUGGUUCGUAUGGGCCAUUAUCGACAUUCUGGGUUUUGAGGGAUUAUUUCAUGCGCCCGUAUAUUCUGCUUGGGAGUUCCCAUACGCUAGGCUUCUACCCGCGCGGUCGACAAAGGAUCCAACGCUUGAUUUCCUGCUGCCUUUAGUGGGGCAUCUCAGCCAAUGUCACGACGUCGUUGACAAGCCGCUCGCUGCACUCAUGACUUUGAGCUUGGCUGUGUGCACUAAGGAGGAGCGGGAUCGGGCUCUCGAUGCCGCGAGGCUCGCGGCCACAUUCACCAGAGACGCUGUCGGAUUUCAAGUUCGCCCGCCUAUUGUGUACCCGCCUCAAAUCGCUCAGGUCCAUCGCUCACUCGCCGUUUUGAGCGCAUUGAUUGGUCUGCCGCACGACGACAACGGCGCGGUGGAUAUAACCGGAAUCGGGUCUGUCACCCUUGAUGGUCAGGAGGUUCCCUUACGCCCUGAGGACGCGACUUUGCUCGGCGCGGCCGCCCAAAAUCUUGACAAGUAUCUACCCUUUCGAUACCAUGCGCCGUCUGCCAAAGCACUACGUGGCUUGGUGGCUCCCCCUCGAAUGCCCAGCAUGUGCACGGACCUCGGUCUCAAGAACGUCGUUGCCAUCCGUUACAUAUCGUAUAACGCGCCGUUUUUGUUGUCGGGCGAGCAACAAUUUGCCAACCGCGUGCAAGAUCUCGUCGACGCGUUCGAAAGGACACCGAUCCGGCCCAAGAAGUACUUUCUCGUCGAUAACAUCUACGGUCAGAACCGUUCGCGCUCCCUCGAUCGUCUGCCCUCCGUUUGGGAUCGGUGUCGCUGGCCUCGAGAACUGGGCAGGGACUUCUUUUCAGUGUGGCGCGCUUUCGCUUUCGGUGUCGAUAAGGCGCAGAAGUACAAGAUACCGAAUGUUGGCCCGUUGCUGUCUCUCCAGAUCUGCGGCGACUACUUCUUCACCGGCCACUUGAACGAACCGUCCGUCUUACAAAUGGGCGAAAUUAUCUUCAAAAUCUACGCUGGCGGCAUUAGCGGCUUGGAGAAGAUGGGAUUCCUACCCACGUUGCAAGGCAAGCGCGGGUCGAAGGCAAAGCACGAAUUGGGCACUGUGCAAGACGCUUUCGACAAGUACUACAAUUGGUCUCUGGUCACAUUCAGCGUAUCUGAGCGGGAUGCGUGGAGAUGGAACACGAUCACGGCAGAGAAUCACCUCUGCAAGCACAGUCGUCUGUAUGAGCACAUUAAGUGCUUGUCAACUGAGCGCACUUAG